AUGGCUAUGAAAUGCUUCCCCAAGCCUCCUCGCCCUACCAAACGGAGAAGAGAUGGAUUUGUUAAUGUUACCACUUCCAAUUUUACGUCCAAUAAUCGUCGUCAUCCUGGACAGUUCAUGAUUCAAACUGUCAGAUCCCAAGGCCAGAAACCUAGUGCUCCAGUGUCGCAAUCACGGCUAUUUGCUCCCACCCAUCACGACCCUCAACUCUCCCCAAUAGAUAAAUAUUUAUGUUGUUUGCGCACUUACAAAGCCCGGUUCCAUUUUUCAAUGGACACACAGAUGCAGAUCUUGACGCUCUCUUACACUCCUACAGAGUUCUACCAUUCCGGAAGGGCUGUGAAAAUCUUCUAUUAA